AUGUUACGAGCCUAUGUUUUGGACUUCAAAGGAAAUUGGGAGGAUCCUCUACCACUCAUCGAAUUUGCUUACAACAACACCUACCAUGCUGGAAUUCAGAUUGCACCAUAUGAGGCCCUAUAUGGAUGGAAGUGUAUGUCUCCUAUCGGCUGGUUCAAAGUUGGUGAAACAAAGUUAAUGGGUCCUAAGUUGAUGCAACGGGGUGUAGAAAAGGUGAAAAUGAUUCGAGGAGACAGGGUAUUCUUGAGGGUGUUGCCUAUGAAAGGCGUGAUGAGGUUCAGAAAGAAAGGCAAACUUAGCCCCCGGUAUAUCAGACCAUAUCGAAUUAUUCAGAAGGUAGGUCAAGUGGCUUAUAAGCUUAAGUUUCCCCUGGAAUCAGAUGUAUUGCAUCCGGUAUUCCAUGUGUCUUUGCUUCGAAAGUUCUUGAGUAAUCCUUCCCGUAGUACCCCUAUUAAAGAUAUUCAAGUCACAAAGAACCUAUCUUACGAAGAAAUUCUGGUGGCUAUCCUAGAUCGUCAAGUUCGUAAGCUUCAAACCAAAGAGGUAUCUUCAGUUAAAGUACUUUGGAGGAACAAUAAUAUAGGAGUAAUGACCUGGGAAGCUGAAGAAGAUAUGAAAUCCAAGUACCCCCAUUUGUUCCAUACUACAGGAGACAACAAUGAGACUACUAUAAUGGGCACAACACAAAAUGACUAG